GUCAAUGACGUCACAUCACAACACAGGUGUUACGACACCUUCGUAUAGUGACCAAAAAAGUCGUGCAUUAUUCCAUUUAAACUUUUAUCUAUUAAACAAAUCACAAAAUGGACUGAAAACGAAGGAUGUUAUUCAGUGAAAGUCUCAGACAUAAUGCCUCGUCACAGUAAGGUACAACUCGAGGUUCUUCGCUUAUAUAAACAAUGUCUUCGAGCGGCCGAGAAGAAGCCUGGAUUCUACGGCAACGUGCAGCAUGAAUUUCGCAAGAAUGCAAUGCUUCCCAAGACAGAAAUCCUCCGCGUGGAACACCUAAUUCGGCAAGGGUGGAGGAAGCUGAAGAUGAUGCAAGACCCUUAUGUCACUAGUAUGGGUCAUUACCAAAAGUGAAAAAGUGAUCUUGUUCAUAAAAAUUCAUAUCAUACAUUAACUUUUUAAGAAUUGAGACAUACUGUAUAUGUCUCAGUGGACUAUACUUGUGAUUUAUGUUUAAGUCAGACAUUUAUACAGGGUCAAAACUAUACAAGAAAGGUGCUCAAAUGACUGUGACAAAUUAAUAUAUUUUUGACAAGUCUACCAAACUAGUCUUCAAAAUGGCAAGCAGAAUGGCAAGCAGAAUUGUGUACGUAAGCAAACUGGGGCGUAUGCGGUACUUGCCUGCGUGGGACUACCAGAAAAAUGUUGCGGAAAAAGUGCGCAACAACAUGAAAACCGGGAAGGAACCAGGACACACGCUUCUCCUUGUGGAACACCAUCCGGUGUACACAAUCGGUAUCCGCCAAACUGAAUACACCGAGGAAUUGGAAACCCAGUUGAGGUCAAUGGGCGCAGACUUUCACCGUACAAACCGCGGGGGUCUCAUAACCUUCCACGGACCAGGCCAGCUGAUGGCAUACCCAAUCUUACACCUCAGGUCCUUCAGUUCGGGUAUGAAGUGGUACGUGUGUGCACUAGAGCGGACAGUCAUACGCACCUUACGUUGGCUAGGCAUCAACUCCCACACGUCCCCCCACACUGGAGUCUGGGUUGGUGACAAUAAAAUAUGUGCUCUGGGUAUUCAGGGCCGUCACGUAACGACUCACGGUUUAGCGUUGAACUGCAACACAGACUUACGGUGGUAUGAGCACAUCGUACCUUGUGGGAUUCCCGACAAAGGCAUAACGAGCAUCAGCAAGGAACUGAACCGGGACGUAACGAUAGACGAAGUGGAGCCUCAUUUUCUAAAAGCUUUCUCUGAAGUGUUCGAGUGUAAAGUUGUUCCCGCUGAUGACAGAGACAUUGGUGUAGGUUAACCAGAGUUGUUUGUUACCAAGAUUUAUUUCAAUUAUUCAUGGGUUAGUUAAUACAGUGUUUAGUUAUUGUAUUCUAAAUAUAGAGCAUGGUGAAUUUGAUAAGUUAGUUAUACAAGAACACAAACUACAGUGCUCUGGGCCAAUUCAUAGGUUCAAAGUGGGCACAAAGAGGUUUCUGAAGUGUCUAUUUAAGUAAAGACGGUGUUUGUUGUCCCUUGCAAUCUCUUGUCAGGUUCCCUUUCCUAUGUCAUUCUUGGCCUACCUCUGGCUCACCUCCUCUCUGUAUUCAGACAUGCACCUUUUGAUCCAGUUGCUGUUGUCCAUUCUCUCCACAUGCCUAAACUGUCUGCAUCUGUGCAGGACUAAACCAAUACCCAGUCACCAUCUUAGCUCUGAACAGUUACAUUACACAUCCACCUCACUCAAAUCUAUUCAUUAACUUCUAUCCAUACACAUAUGAGCCAGUACACACAUUCACCCACAUACACACAAAAUCACAUUCACCCACUUAUUCUAAUACAGUGUUGUGCCUUCUUUGUACUGGGUCAUUAUCUCUGCACGUUAAUAUAUAGAUUGUACUAAGAUUCUCCAGAGUGAUUCUUCUGUAUUUUUGUGAAUUAAUUUUUUUUAUUUUGUUCUCAAAUACUUUGAUAAAGUAUUGGGGUAUUUUUUUGACAAUUUCACAAGCCAGUUUUCAGUAUACAGUCUCUCCUCGACUCAUGACGGGGUUCCGUCCUGACGACCAGGUCGUAAGUCAAAAAGGCGAAAAUAAUGUAGAAAUUCUAAAAUGAAAUACAGAACAGUAAAAGUAAUCAAUUAUGAAAAAUGUGUUACUGUGCACUUACCUUUAAUGUAGUCAGCUGAAUGCACACGGAGCCUCAAUAAUUUUUUCAUCAAGAAUGGAGACUACAUUAAUUGGAUGAAGCAGAGGAGGAAACAGGGCCAUUGUAAGUCAAAUAUGUGGUAAGUCAAGGAGAGACUGCAUUUGGUAAACUGCAUUAAAGCACACAGUACUAUAGCCAGUACACAUAUCAUAGCAGGAAACUUUAUUUUGUUAUGGUUUCUUUAAUGUGAAUGGUCGACUACCUAACGAUGGCUGAUGAUGAUUAAAAUGUUUCAACUACCUAAAAAAUGUCUAGUGACACCGAGCGACGUGAAAGGUUGCUCAUUUGUGAUUUAAGGUGAUAUGUAAGGAUUGUAGUCUGUAAAUAUUGUUAGUUGUACAAGUUGUAUAUAAUUUGAAUAACUAUUAAAUAAAUAGUUCUGUAUA